UGGCGGGGCGCCGCGCGAAGGCGCGCGGGGCCGGGCUCCGCUCGGCGCUGCCCCGCCGCGCUGCAGCCCGGUCCCGGCGGGGCGGCGUGUGCGGCAGCGCCUGCCAGCCCCUGCCAGCCCCGGGACGAUGUCGGCCAGCGGCCGAGCGGUGCUGCCCGUGCUGCUGCUGGUGCUGCUGCUCGGUGCGCCGGGGGUCGCGCGGGCGGCGGGGGAAGCCUCGUGUCGCCCGGUGCGCGCCGCCUUCCAGGUGCUGCAGCCCGGAGCCAAGUGGGUGCCCGAGAGCCCCGUGCCAGGAUCAGAUCUGCAAGUAUGUAUCCCAAAGGGCUUCACAUGCUGCUCAAGGAAGAUGGAAGAGAAGUACCAGGCAGCAGCCCGUCUGAACAUGGAGCAGCUCCUGCAGUCUGCCAGCAUGGAGCUGAAAUUCCUUGUCAUCCAGAAUGCUGCCAUCUUCCAAGAAGCCUUUGAAAUUGUAGUACGGCAUGCGAGAAACUUCACCAACAGCAUGUUUAGGAACCACUACCAGAGCAUGGGGACCAGAGCUCUUAAGUUUGUUGGAGAACUUUUUACUGAUGUCUCACUGUACAUACUGGGCUCUGACAUCAGUGUCAAUGACAUGAUAAACGAAUUUUUUGACAGUUUAUUCCCUUUGGUCUACUCUCAUUUGAUUAAUCCUGGCUUCCCUGAUCCCUCUGUAGAAAUGACUGAAUGCCUGCGGGCAGCCAGGAGAGACCUCAAAGCCUUUGGUAACUACCCUAAGAUGAUGAUGACGCAGGUGUCCAAGUCACUGCAAGCCACGCGAGUCUUUUUACAGGCACUCAACCUGGGGAUCGAGGUUAUAAACACUACUGACCACUUGAAAUUCAGCAAGGACUGUGGACGAGCACUGCUGAAGAUGUGGUACUGCUCGCACUGCCAGGGGCUCCUCAUGGCCAAGCCCUGUGUUGGAUACUGUGGCGCGGUGAUGCACGGAUGCCUGGCGGGUGUCGUAGAGAUUGACCACCACUGGCAAGAGUACAUCAGCUCUCUGGAGGGGCUGACCAAAGGCAUGCACGGCAUCUAUGACAUGGAGCAUGUCCUCCUGAACCUCUUCUCCCUGGUGCGGGACGCAGUCGUCUACGUGCAAAAGAACGAAGGCAAACUCUCAACAACUAUUAGCCGGUUGUGUGGCCACGCUCAGCAGAGGCAGUAUCGAUCAGCUAAUUACCCUGAAGACCUCUUUAUUGACAAGAAAGUCCUGAAGGUGACUCACAUAGAGCCAGAGGAAACUCUGGCGAGCAGGAGGAGGGAACUCAUUAUGAAGCUGAAGUCUCAUAGCAAUUUUUACAGCAGCUUGCCAGAAUAUAUCUGCAGCCACAGCUCUGCUGUUCAGAACGACACUCUUUGCUGGAACGGACAAGAAGUCGUGGAGAGAUACAGCCCCCAAAUCACAAGGAACGGAGCGAAAGCUCACUCUGGCAACCAUGAGGUGAAGAUGAAAAGUCCUGAGCCAGUGAUCAGCCAGAUUAUUGACAAGCUGAAACACAUCAACCAGCUGCUCAAAGGGAUGGCUCUGCCCCACCAAAAAGCCAUAGGCAAAACCACGGAGGAGGAGGAGGAGAGCGGAGACUGCGAUGAUGAAGAUGACUGCAGCAGAGGCUCUGGGGAUGGAGAGCUGCGAGUGAGGAACCAGCUCCGGUUCUUAGCAGGUGGUUACCCUGUAAUAGAGACACAAAGGACUGGGAGCGUCUGGGAUUGAGCUGCUGACGGUUCCCUGCUUUUAUCCUAUGCUGGAUGCUAUGCAGUGCUCAGGCAGCAAGGCAGCUGGAUGGCCAGCAGUGCAUGUGUCCUAGCAUGGUGACCAAACAGGCAAACCCCCUUCGAGCAUGUUUCCCUGCUGGUCCUCAGGUUUGCUGCAGGGGAAUGCAUCUGGGUGCUUUGCUUUCUUUUUCUUAGAGCUCUGGUUCAGCUCAAGAGGAAAUAUCCCUGGCCCUGUGAUAGCAGCAGAGAACUCCUCCCUCGCUAAGGGUUGACUAUGCCUUACAGAUGGACUUGGCAGGCAGCUCUGCAGCGUGCGUCGUCCUGUUAUCCAAGGGUAACAGGAAAAAAAUCAUGUGGUCCUGUGAAGUGAGGUUGUGGACUGUGUCUGGGCCACGUGCCCCAGGUUCUUGGCCACGUGCCCCAGGUUCUUGGCCCUGCCUUAAAAUCUCAUUUGUAAUGGGAUCACUCUAUAAGAUAAAGGCUUUAACAAGGCACAUAAACAUCGUGCUGCCACUGAAUCUUUGCAGCAAAGUGGAGUGCAAAAGGAUGUGCAUCCCACUGAAUGUCCCGUCAGCGACAUGGGGAGCAGGAGAGGUGGGUGACUCCAGCUGAGUGCAGGCAGGCGCUGCAUCUGCCUGGAGGUGAAAUGAAAAAGUUGUCAGUUUGCCAUCUCAGCAGCCUUUGCAUGGGAAAGCUCAGCACUGUCUCACCCAAAAUGGCAGGUCAUUUGGAUAGUGCGUCUGUCCUGGCAGUCAGACUUUCUCCUGCUCCCUGGCACGGGUGCCGCCAGUCCUGCCGGGUAAUAACUGCAAGCAGCUGCUCGGUGCUGGCCUCAGCAAGGUGUCCUUCCGAAGGUUUGGAAAACGUGGAGACUAAAAAGGAGCAAAAGGAGGGAAAAAAAAAAGUCUUGAAUACAGACUAGUUUUGAUUUAUCGCCUGUUGUAUAAAAUGUAACCUUUGUUUCCUAUUUAUAAUGACCCUGUAAUAACUGGACAGUCAACUUAAACUUUAAUGAUUUAAACAUACUUGUAAACUGUCAAGUCAAAAGUUUGUGAGUGACUAUAAACAUAUGUUGGUGAGCGCUAUAUGCUAAUAAAUUCAUUAUUAUGUUGCCCCAG